AUGUCUGCUCCUGAAUUAACUGAUAUUCGUUCACCAAUCAACUUGGACAAUCUUCGCACGUACUUAUCCAAAGUAUCUUCAUCUUCACCCAACACCCACAUUGGAUCAGUCGCCCAAAUCCCUCGCGACUUCGCCACGGUAAAACAAUUCACUUUUGGUCAAUCAAACCCUACAUACUACUUGGAAGAUUCUUCGGGUCACAAAUUCGUCUUGAGAAGGAAGCCAAGUCCUAAUGCCAAAUUAAUUUCCAAACUGGCUCAUGCUGUUGAACGUGAAUUUUUUAUCUUGAAUGGAAUAAACACAUUGAAUCAAACUUCGCAAUUGAAAGUGCCUGUGCCUAGAGUUCAUUUAUUGUGUGAGGAUGAAAGUGUCAUUGGAUACGUGUUUUAUGUUAUGGAUUAUGUUAAUGGAAUCCAAAUUAAAAAUCCAGAGAUUCCUGGUGCUUCAGCGCAGGAAAGAGAUGAGUAUUGGAAAAGUAUAAUCACCACUAUUGCAGCUAUCCAUACAUUGGAUUGUGAGAAAUUGAUUAGUUUGUUACCACUGCAACAUUUCCCUCAAUUUCAAAAUAUCGCCAAACUCAAACUGUCUAGUUAUUUCCAACGACAAAUCAAGACUUUAACUGGUAUUCACAACUUGCAAUCAAAACACGUUGAUCCAAUUCCCGACUUUGAUAAAAUUACUCAAUGGAUCUUGACUCAUGGUCCCAAAGAUCCCGCCAAAUUAACAUUAAUUCAUGGAGAUUUAAAAAUCGAUAAUCUUUUAUUCAACCCCACCACAAAACAAGUUUGUGGGGUAUUAGAUUGGGAAUUAUGUACCAUUGGCCAUCCAUUAUUUGAUCUAUCUAAUUUCUUACAACCAUUUGAAUUCCCCAAUGUAUUAAACACAAUGAUGACGCAUCCAAACAAGACAGAAAUGGGUAAAGAAAAUCCUGAAUCACAGGAAUUUUUGUAUAAACAAUUGACCAACUAUUCUAAGUUGGUAACUUGGGAUCCUGAGGAUCCAAGUAAUGAUCCUACAAAAUUGUGGAUUUUGGGUCAUGUGUUUGGAUUGUUGAGAUUAAGUGUUAUUUCUCAAGGUAUCGCUAUGAGAUUGAAGAUGGGUAAUGCGUCAAGUGCCAAUGCUUCGGCUUUCGCAGGUAUGUACCCUAUCCUUAGUGAAAUGGCAGCUGAAUAUAUUGAUGAAGAAGAAGAAAAAGCUAAGAAGUAA